CUUGUCAGCUUCCACCCCGACUUCCCUGGGGCUGGUUCAUUCCUAGCGAAGAGCAGGUGGCAGGAGCUACUCCAGGAACACCUUCAAAAUCUCAUUUGACACCUGGCGUUUCGGCUUUGCGGAGGGAGCAUAGACGCAACAGGUGUUGCCAGCAUGCCAAGUAUAUUUGCCUACCAAAGUGCUGAAGUGGACUGGUGCGAAGAGAAUUUUGCAAAAUCAGAGUACAUUGCAGAGUACUACAACACGAUCAGCAAUGUUGGUUUCUUCAUCCUGCCACCGAUUUUGAUGUUCCUGAACCCACAAUACAUCAAAUACCGACCAGUUCCUAUCCCGGGACUAACGAUCAUGUCAGCAUUGAUUGGCUUGUUCUCCAGCUACUUCCAUAUGACUCUCAGCUACGCAGGGCAGAUGCUGGACGAGCUCUCCAUCCUUUGGGCAAUCGCCUUCUGCUACGCUUUGUGGUUGCCUGUUCACUAUUUCCCAUCGUUCAUCAAAAACAGGGAUCAGUUCAUUUGGCUGGUGGGCAUCGUGACCGUCCUCAGCACCCUGAUGUCCUUUGUGAAGCCGACCCUGAACGCUUACGCCCUCAACUCGGUUGCCAUACACCUUUUAUACUUGAGUAACCUGGAAUUCAGAAAGUGCAAUAAUGUCCGUGUCCACCGUCUCAUGAGAACAAUGGUAGUGUGGUGGGGCAUCGCAAUCACCUGUUGGCUAACGGAUAAGUUUUUGUGUGGCAUCUGUCAGAAGGCCAAUUUUGCCUACCUUCACAGCAUCUGGCACCUUUCAAUCGUCGUAGCCAUUUUCUACUGCGCCAACGUGGUGGUCUACUUCGAUGUCUUCUACGAGUUACCUAGCUGUGAGCCCGACGUGGCUUAUUGGCCCAGCGAGGGUAGCUUCUUUUCCCUGCCGUACAUCGACCUCCCAAAACUGAAGAAGCAGUGCUAGAGGGACUGCGAGGCAGCUGAGGAUAACAGGAGCCCUGCACAGGAUCCUACGGGUCCGAUCCGCUGCGACGACCGAGCGCUAUGCUUGUUUGGCUUCGCGCCGCCAAACCCUUGUUGCGUGGGAGACCGCGCCCGCAGGCCGCCGGUAGCUCCGUCACAUGGCUUGUCGCCCAAUCUGUUGUGCAGCGAGUUGUUGUUGUUGUUGUUUUCCCCCGCCAGCCCGGCCAUACUGCGCAGGACGCCUCCGUUACGCCACACUGAAACUUCCCCAUCUUCCCAGCAGCCAGAGAAUGACGGACGCCGUAUUUAAGCUAUUUAUGGAGGACAUGUGGAGGGAACGAGAGAACGAACGGAUCUCUCUCGCUUUAUGGACGUUCUGCACAUGUUCACUUCCGUCUCGCUGCGGCCUGUAUUAAACUGCACUUUGAAGGAAAGGAACCGGCGCAUUCAUUUGUACCGAAAUGUUGCU